AUGUCACGACGAAGAUCAUUGUCACGAUUUGGAAGAAAAGUCAUGUUUAGAAACAGAUCGAAGAGCAAUGAUCGCUCGAAAAGACAGAAAUCAAAGGAUCGUGGACGGGCGCCGCCGAUUUCUUUCGAUUAUGAUUUGUCGAAUGUGGUUAAUCAUCUGGAAGCUCUCAUGAAUGCUGCCCGAUAUGGAAAUACUGAUCUUCUUUACAAACUGUAUAUUCAUCAUAUCGACCUGAAAAUGACUGAUGAAACUGGAAACACUGCAAUGCAUGUAGCUGUUAUGAAUAAUCAAAAGAAAAUCGUUCGGAUGUUGGUAGUGUUAUGUGCUCCGUGCAAAAUCUGGAAAGUAAAAAACAAUAAUGGAAUUCGAGAAGACUUCGCUGGUCUAGAUAAUCCUCCAAGUCCAAUUCCAGAAGGUUUUGUUGAUGUGGAUAGUCAUUAUAAUGACCUUUUGGUAAAAGAGAAGAAAACAUGGAAGCCUGAAGAACGAGUACUGCUUUCAUUGGAUGGAGGUGGCAUUCGAGCUGUUAUCACAAUCCAAAUGCUCAUUCAUAUUGACAAUAUGCUUGAUGGGAAAUUAGUUGAAAAGAUUGAUGAUAUGGCUGGAACAAGUUGUGGUGGUGUGAUUACUCUUUUACUCUCGACAAACAAUCGAAACAUAGAAGAAACUCGCAAAUUAUUACUGGAGAUGCGAGAACGAGUUUUCAUUCGUGAAACUGACAAAAGUGUACCGAAAUAUAGUUCCUCUGGAAUGGAGUAUAUAGCUCGGCACGUCACCACUUGGGAAGAUUCUAAAAUGUCAAUUAUCAAGAGACACAGAGCUAUGGUUACUGUAGCUGACACUCGAAUGGUUCCUCCACAACUUCUUCUUUUUCGUUCGUAUUGUCCAGAAAUGCCAGAAGAUGUAUGUGAACAUUACAAGUUUCUAGAUCCUGCAAAAGUAGAACUAUGGAAAGCACUUCGGUGUACAACAGCAGCUCCUUACUUUUUUGAAUCCUUUAAUGGUCUUUCUGAUGGUGGCCUGAUUGCUAACAACCCUACUCUCGCUCUUAUUUCUGAUUUUCUUUUGACAAAUAAAUUAGAAAAGUCUUUCGCCAAAACCGCAGAAGAAAAAGAAAAGAAAGGAAAUUGGAAGAUUGGAUGUGUCAUUUCUCUAGGAACUGGUGUUUUUCCCACUGAGAAAAUCGAUGGAAUCGAUCUUAUUGUGGCUCAUGCGAAGAACCCAAUUCAAUUUGCAAAGUCAUGUUACAAAGCAUUUGCGAGUACUAGAAAUUUGCUUCAUGUUCUUGUUAAAGAGUGUACUGCAUCGAAUGGACAACCUGUGAAAUACGCAAGAGAGUGGUGUCAUUCUAUUGAAACCCCGUACUUCCGAUUUUCUCCACACCUGUCACAAGGAAUAUCUUUGGAUGAAAUUGAUUUAGAAAAAGUGAUGCAAGUGAUGUGGGAGACAGAACUCUAUGUUGCUUCGCAUCGGAGCCAGUUUGUCAAAUUAGUAAACUUCCUGGCUACAAAGCCAAAAAGAGAGGGCUUCGAAAACCCAGCCAACACUCAAGAUUCGGACAGCAUGGAACAGACAGUGUCAGAAAGAUCAGAAACUACUACAACUACUACUAUGGCUACUACUACAACUACGGAAACUGUUUAA